AUGUGUGAGGUGUUCCUGGAUGACUUCAUCAUCUUCAGCAAAAACGAGGAGCAACACUAUCAGACGUUGUGCACCCUGUUCAGUUGCCUCCAAGAAUAUGGGUUCCAUCUGAAGCUGGAAAAGUGUCAUUUCUAUCAGCGGGAAAUCAAAUAUCUGGGGCACAUCGUCGACGCAAAUGGCCUACGCCCGGAUCCGGAGAAAACAGCAGCAAUUUCCACGAUGCCACGUCCAACCGAUAUUUCCACACUGCGAUCGUUCUUGGGCGCAGUGAAUUUUUACGGAAAAUUCAUCCGUGAAAUGCAUCAACUCCGAAGACCGCUGGAUCAACUUCUAAAAAAAGAUGCAAAAUUCGUUUGGAGUGCCGAAUGCCAACAAGCCUUCACCGACAUCAAGCAAGUUCUUCAGUCGGACCUAUUACUUACCCACUAUGACCCAGCGUUGGAGAUCAUCGUGGCGGGUGAUGCAUCCAACACCGGCAUUGGAGCGGUCAUCAUGCAUCGUUUCCCGGACGGUCGUAUCAAGGCAGUCGCUCAUGCGUCCAAGACUCUGUCGUCGGCUGAACAAAACUACGGACAAAUCGAAAAGGAGGCGCUCGCUCUGGUCUUUGCUGUCACCAAGUUCCACCGCAUGCUGUUGGGACGAAGGUUCAAGCUACAGACUGACCACCAGCCACUGGUGAAAGUCUUUGGAUCGAAGAAAGGAGUUCCCAUCCACACGGCAAAUCGGUUGAAGCGUUGGGCACUUACACUGCUUGGGUACGAUUUCGAUAUCGAGUUCGUAUCUACCAACAAUUUCGGCUAUGCGGAUGUACUAUCGAGGCUCAUCAGCAGCCACGAGCGACCAGAGGAAGAAUUUGUGGUGGCAAGUGUCAACAUCGAGCCCGAUCAGCAGUGCAUUCUGGACAGCACCAUCGAACACCUACCAGUCACAUUCGAUAUGGUGCAGAAAGCUACGUCAGCAGACCCAAUGUUGCAGCGACUCAUCCAGUACAUCAACUCCGGCUGGCCCAAGAACGGAAAAUCGAUUCAGAAUGUAGUAUUGCAGACGUUUUUCCAUCGGCGUGAAUCAUUAUACGUUGUACAAGGUUGCGUGAUGAUGAUGGAACGGUUGGUGAUUCCGGAGUGUUUCCGGAAGAAACUAUUGAAGCAGCUACAUCGAGGUCAUCCCGGAAUCGAACGAGUCAAAGCCAUCGCUCGGAGCAUCAUCUACUGGCCGAAGAUCGAUGACGACAUCACUGAGUACAUUCGAAGCUGUACCAGCUGUGCGAAUGCAAAAAAAUCUCCACAACAAGCAGAGCCACAUCCGUGGCAGACCGCAGAAGGUCCAUGGGAACGUAUUCAUUUGGACUAUGCCGGACCGAUCGACGGGUUCAGCUAUCUGGUCAUCGUCGAUUCCUUUUCCAAGUGGCCAGAGAUGUUCCAGACGAAAUCAACGACAGCUUCUUCGACGAUCGGGUUCCUCACUGAGAGCUUUGCCAGAUUUGGCGUACCGAAGGUAAUUGUUUCUGAUAAUGGAACCCAGUUCACUGGAUUCGAAUUUCGUUCCUUCUGCGAAAAGCUGGGCAUCAUCCAUUUCCGCACCGCACCGUUCCACCCCCAAUCGAAUGGUCAAGCGGAAAGAUUCGUCGACACGCUUAAGAGGUCACUGCGCAAAAUCCAAGAGGGGGAAGGAUUACGAGCAUCUGCAGCACUACAAACCUUUCUGCAGGUGUAUCGAGCAACUCCGUCCAAUCUGCUCGAGGGCAAAUCCCCUUCGGAAGUGCUGAACGGCAGAAAAAUGCGGACAACAUUGGAUUUGCUGAAGCCUUCGAACAUACUUCCACAACCACCGGUAGUAGCCAAGCCUUGCCAAGCACGGAAACUUGCAGCCGGAUCACUGGUAUUCGCGAAGGUGCACAAAAACAACACCACCUGGAAGUGGCAAUCUGGAGUCAUCAUUGAGGCGAUUGGGAAUGUACAUUACAAUGUACUUCUUGAUGCACCAUCCGGACGGAAGCGGCUAAUUCGUUCUCACAUCGAUCAACUUCGGAACAACGACACUGGAAAACAAGAAAAAACAGAAAUUGAACUACCGCUGAGCAUUCUUUUGGGCGAUUUCGGAAUGACAACAAAUGCGGAGUUUCCGGACGAAAAUUCUUCUUUUGUUUCAGCACAAGAAUUUCCUUACCUUCCGGACGAUCCGGAACUUCCAGACGAUCCUGAACUGCCGGACGAUGAACCGGAGCCUAUUCAACCUGGACCAUUUUCUGCAGUACAUGGUUCUACGCUGGCACGAUCAAAGCCAUAA